UGAAGUUCACGAGUCUGUCUGUCAUCGCUGAAGGAAACCUCUGGCUGUGAGAAUGAACGUGUCGAGUUUCAGAGACUGCAAGGCAUGGAAAUCAGAAGGUCUGCCCCUGUCCACCAGCAGUAAUGAGGCCUGUAAACUAUACGAUGCUAUACUGUCUCAGUAUGUGUCCUGGCGUAAUAAUGAGACACUGGGAGGAAUAGAAGGCUGUGUUACAGCCGUCAAAGCUGCAGACCCGGACUUUGUGAUGGGUCAUGUGAUCUCUACUGGGCUGGAGUUGGUAGGAACAGGAAGUUCAGUCCUGCGGGACGAGAGAUUGGCCAGCGCUGUGAGGAGGACUGUGGAGUUGGCCGACACUCAGGAGCUCACGUCUAGAGAGAGGAACCAUGUGAAAGCCGUGGAGCUCUUCUCUAAAGGAGCCCUGCACAAGGCCUGUGGGGUUUGGGAGGGUGUUUUGGUGGAUCACCCCACAGACAUGCUGGCACUGAAGUUUGCACAUGAUGGAUUUUUCUACCUGGGUGAACAGACUGAGAUGAGGGACUCGGUGGCCAGGGUUCUGCCCCACUGGAAACCGCAUAUGCCGUUCUACAGUUAUCUUAAAGGGAUGUAUUCCUUUGGGCUUCUUGAGACUCAUUUGUAUGAUGAAGCUGAAAAAAUGGCAAAAGAGGCCCUGGCUCUGACCCCUGAGGACGGAUGGAGUGUCCACUCUGUGGCUCAUGUCCAUGAGAUGAAGGCAGAGAUGGACAAGGGACUGGAGUUCAUGGCCUCUACAGAGAAAGACUGGAUGGUGUGUGACAUGCUGGCAUGUCAUAAUUACUGGCACUGGGCUCUAUAUCACAUUGAAAAGGGUAAUUAUGAAGCAGCUUUGAAGAUUUUUGAUGAGCAGGUUUCUCGGCGCAGUGUGAAGUCUGGAGCCAUGCUGGACGUCGUAGACUCUUGUUCAUUGCUCUACAGACUAGAGAUGGAGGGUGUGAGCGUGAAGGACCGCUACCGAGAGCUGCUGCAGGUGACCCAGCCACAUACAGAAGACCACACGUUACUUUUUAAUGACCUGCACUUCCUCAUGGCUUCCCUGGGUAGCAAGGAGACCGCCACCACUCAGCGCCUGCUGGAGAGUCUCCAGGAACUAGCUAAAGACCCAGCGGAGAACCAUCAGCUCCAGAUAGCCGAGCGUGUGGGGCUGCCCAUGUGUCAGGCUCUGCUGGAGUAUGACCAGGGAAACUACAGCCAGGCCGUGGAGCUGCUCAAACCCAUCAAAGACCGCUUUGUAGAGAUAGGGGGCAGUGACGCACAGAGAGAUGUUUUCAGUCAGCUCCUUAUUCAUGCUGCCAUGAAGUCUGGAGACAAAGAACACCAACAAUUUGCCAGAUGCAUGCUGAUCGAGAGAGACGCAGUGCGGCCAAACUCCCUGCUCACAGACCGUCUGAUCCAGAGAGCCCACUCCUUACAUGUUUAAAUUCAGACCCCAUUCCCUUCACGGUUAACCGCCUGUUCUCUGUUGGUUUAAUUACGAGCUGCUUUCCUAACACAUUUAACUAGACAUCAGAUCAGAGAGCCUGAGUACAGCCUAAGAGUUUGUGCUGAGCAAAGUCUUGUGUUUAAUGGGUUCACUCCUCCAGCAGUGUUAAACUGUUAGUCUGGUCUCUUCCUCCUACAUCGCAAGACAUAAAUGAAAUUGAAUGUCUUUGAAAAUAUUUUCAUUUUGCAUUACGUGUUAAUCAAGUCCGAACAGUAGUCAUGCAACAAAUGACCGUGAUUAUUCAGUGCUGUAUGCAUUAAAAAUAAACUUGCAACUAUGCCUCCAGACUUUUGAAUUUGUAAUGAAGAAAUAAACAAACGCACAAGCUUUACAGACAAACUUUUUUUUUAUUAUUAAAUAGCAGAAAAAAUGUAAACCAAAAUGGCAAAUAAAUAAGACCUGGCUCCGAGGCAUAGUGAAAUGAAACCGAUAGGAAAUUGUGCUGGAAGUGUGAGAGCAGUCAGUGCAGAAUGAAAGCAUCACUCCCGAAUGUGAGAGAGUUUGGCGGCACUGCAGGUGAUUGUCUGCUGCUUCUACAUGACAGAUCUGAUCUCUUUCUGGAUCUCAGAAAUGAGGAUCUGAGACAGAACGAUG